AUGUUACCCUAUCGGCCUCUUCUUCCCCCAUCACCAGCCGUUGCUUUAUCAGCAGCAAUGCCAUUCCCCAAGUCCAUGGGCGUACUCCGGCACGCAGUGCGCUUGCAACUGCGCUUCAAACAUACUGCACGAUCAGUUGUAUUCUCUGAUUACGGCCCACCGAAGGACGUUCUGCGGGUGAUCAAAAACGAAGUCGCCGAUCCCCAAGAGUCCCAGGUGCUUCUGAAACUUGUUGCCGCCCCCAUAAACCCCGCAGACAUCAACCAAGUGGAGGGCGUUUACCCGUCGAAGCCACAAUUCACAAAAGAGCUCGGCACAAUUGAUCCUUAUGCCGUCGGUGGAAAUGAGGGCCUCUUUGAAGUUGUUCAAGUUGGUCCCGAUCAGGAAACGUUCAAGGUAGGUGACUGGGUUCUCCCAGCGUCGGCGUCGUUUGGUACGUGGACCACCUACAAGCUUUCUGAUCCCAAAAAUCUUAUUCGCAUUGGCACUCCGAACGGUUUGGACGCUGUGGCCGCUGCAACCGUCGCCGUAAACCCUUCUACUGCCUACCGCAUGCUGUCGGACUUUGCUGCUUUGGAGCCCGGUGACUGGUUCAUUCAGAACGGUGGAAACUCGGGGGUGGGUCGCCAGGCCAUCCAAUUAGGUCGUUUGUGGGGGUACAAGUCUAUUUCGGUUGUGCGCGACCGUCGGGAUAUUGACUCGCUCAAGCAGGAGCUGCUCGACCUGGGCGCAGAUCAAGUGGUUACCGAAGAGCAAAUUGCCGACAAAUCGAUCCGGCACAUCAUCAAAGACUGGACUCAUGGUCAAGACAUCAAGCUCGCUUUGAACUGUGUGGGAGGCCGAUCCGCAGCUAAUAUCGCCCGCCAACUUGGCCACUCGGGCCAGCUCGUCACAUAUGGCGGGAUGUCCAAGCAGCCAGUGUCUCUGCCAACCUCACUUUACAUUUUCAAAAACAUUGCCUCAAGGGGCUUCUGGAUGACGCACUGGACCAAAGAACACGCUGAGCCGCGCAAACGCAUGAUCCUUGAUCUUCUCGACAUGUACAGACAAAACGAACUCAAACUGACUGGUAUCAAAACGCACGCCGUCAAGAGCGAUGCUGAAGAAAAGGACUUUUUGGAGGGAUUCCUCAAGGCUCUCGGUGAGCCGGGAAAGCAGGUUCUCUUGGUCGACCGCUAA